GAAAAUUUAAAACCCUACUAAAACCUCUCUUUCCUCUCAAAGUAAAAAAGCUUUAUCAAGAAAAUCUGCAAAGCAAAAUUAAUGGCAGAAACAAUGGAAGUGGAAGCGGCGGCAGAGAGAGAAGCAAUAAACAGUGUGAUUUGUCAGUUGGCAGACCCAGACGGCAAUCAGUUGGGUGCUGCGUUGUACCUCCCUGAAAACGCUGGUCCAAAAGAGCUUAAUCAAGUCGUCAAUAAGCUUCUCAGCAAUGAGGAAAGGUUGCCUUAUGCAUUUUAUAUCUCAGACGAAGAGCUUGUGGUGCAGCUUGGAUCAUACUUAGAAAAGAACAAAGUAUCUGUGGAAAAAGUCUUGACAAUAGUGUAUCAACCACAAGCAGUGUUUCGAAUCCGCCCUGUCACUCGUUGUUCGGCCACAAUUGCUGGUCACACUGAAGCUGUACUUUCAGUUGCCUUCAGUCCUGAUGGACGGCAGUUGGCGAGUGGAUCUGGUGAUACUACGGUUCGUUUGUGGGAUCUAAAUACCCAGACGCCAUUGUUUACACUUCAAGGGCACAGAAACUGGGUUCUUUCUGUUGCAUGGUCACCAGAUGGUAAGCAUCUUGUUAGUGGAAGUAAGGCUGGAGAACUUAUCUGUUGGGAUCCUCAGACAGGGAAGCCUUUAGGGAAUCCGCUUACUGGCCACAAGAAAUGGAUAACUGGUAUUUCUUGGGAACCUGUACACCUCAGUGCUCCAUGUCGUCGCUUUGUAAGUUCAAGUAAAGAUGGCGAUGCACGGAUAUGGGAUGUUACCACCAGAAAGUGUCUUAUUUGUCUCAGUGGCCAUACACUUGCAAUAACAUGUGUAAAAUGGGGUGGAGAUGGAGUUAUUUACACUGGAUCUCAGGAUUGUACAAUCAAGGUAUGGGAAACCUCACAGGGGAAGCUAAUACGUGAACUGAAGGGUCAUGGUCAUUGGGUAAAUUCUCUGGCACUGAGCACUGAAUAUGUUCUUCGAAGUGGAGCUUUUGAUCACACCGGUAAACAGUAUUCGUCUCCCGAGGAAAUGAAAAAGGUAGCGCUUGAAAGGUACAACAAAAUGAGAGGCAAUGCCCCUGAGAGAUUGGUCUCAGGAUCAGAUGAUUUCACCAUGUUUCUAUGGGAACCUGCUGUCAGCAAGCACCCCAAAACUCGCAUGACAGGUCACCAACAGCUGGUCAAUCACGUCUAUUUUUCUCCGGAUGGUCAAUGGAUAGCAAGUGCUUCAUUUGAUAAGUCAGUCAAAUUAUGGAAUGGUACCACAGGAAAAUUUGUUGCUGCAUUUCGAGGUCAUGUUGGACCUGUAUAUCAGAUAAGCUGGUCAGCCGACAGUAGGCUCCUAUUGAGCGGGAGCAAAGAUUCAACCUUGAAGGUUUGGGAUAUCCGGACAAAAAAGUUGAAGCAAGACCUUCCUGGACAUGCUGAUGAGGUUUUUGCGGUUGACUGGAGUCCAGACGGUGAAAAAGUAGCAUCUGGUGGUAAGGACAGAGUUUUGAAGCUAUGGAUGGGCUAGAAAAUGUAUAAGUUGUCUUUCGUCGUGGGCCGUGGCUAAAGAACUCUCACACUGAACUAUAUUGCAUCAUAACUGUGCCUCAAAGAACCAUUUGCAUUCAAUGUCAAAAGCUUCAGAAGUAUGUGAAGUUAAAAUCUAUAAUCGUUUUGAGUUUACUCUGAAGUCAGUGGAGAAAACUCAAGUUUGCAACAAAAUAUUCUUCAAUGGAGCGGUAGACAGAGAGUGCAGGAAGCAACCAUUUGUUGGGGCAUUUUCAAUCUUUUCAUUGAUCACCACUGCAAAUAUCCCUAUAUGUUAGUUGUAAGCUGUCUUACAUUAUUUGUAGGCAAGAAGCAGAAGUGUUAUGUAAGUUGACCUUAGCUUUUUUCUCUCUCCAUAUGUCUGCACAUACAGCUUGAGAUGAAAUCUCAUUGUCUUCCUUAUCUUAUUCCUUUUUUCUCUUUUGCCAAUGGAAGUUUCUUACUAUUCUAUCA